AUGUCGCGCGCCGCCGCCGCCAGCCAUCGGGCGCUCGCCGCUCUCGUCGUCGCGUCCCCGUGGCGACAACGCGCCUCGUGUCCGCGUCGUCGCCACGUUCCGUGGAUCCGAUGCGACGCGGCGGACGCUCGAGAUGCAUCGACCGAGUCCGCUUCGCCAUCGUCGUCGCCCCACGCGGGUCUGACCCGGGCGCAGAGGCGCGCGCUGCGACAGCCAUACGUCCCGACCGCCGCCGAGCGCGGGCUGGCGAGAGCGAUCCUCGAGACGUCGUCCGUCGAGGACGACGACGUGGCGUUCCUCGUGGCGCCGUCCAGCGGGGACGCCGACGCGCCGAGCGUCGUGUGGUUCGCGACGAGUCGAAAGACGUCGCCCCCGUGGGACAGCGCGCUCGUGCGUUUGGUGCUCGGCGCGAGGGAGGCGGGGGGACGAGCCAACGGCAACAGGUGGGCGCGGGCGCGAAUGCUCACCACGCGGGCGCUGAGCGACCUGGACAGGGCGGUGGUCAAGGUGGCGGCGCAGAGGGCCACAGCCUUCGACCUCGAGGAUCACGACGACGACGCCACAGCCGACGCGCCCGCCUCCCCGGAUGACCCGCGCGCUCUGGAGAGGAGAGACGCGACGCCGUGGGCUCGAGCGGCGAUCCGACGCGGCGCGAUGACCUCUCGCGUCGGUCUCCUGCCACCGAAAACCCUUCCGGUGAACGACGACGACGCGGCGUUUCGGUGGGCGUCGGCUCGCGCAUCGGACGUAUCGGAGAAUACGCAAACACAGCUGUGGGAACGGGACAGGGGCGUCGUCGCGGCGCUCGUGUCGCCCAGAGGAGAGGUGACGGACGCGGCGAGAAACGUCAACGCGGAUAACAAGUGCCUGCACGCGGAGUGGAAUCUCCUCGCGCCGACGCUGUGGGGCGAGUGGGUCCUCUCGCCGACGGAGGACGACGAAAUCGCCAAUCGACCCGGGGCUGGUCCGGAGGAGGCUGGUCCUUUGGAGGAGGGGACGAGGGUGCUGGUGACGUUGCAGUGCUGCAAGAUGUGCGCCGCGCUGGUGUGCGCCGCGGCGGAUCGUCCCGGACGACGCGGACCGAUCGAGGUCGUCUACCUCAACCCCGACGACGGGUCGCUCGCGAGAGACACGCAGUUGCGACGUAGAGGGUGGGAGUCUCGCCACGCGGCGCCGUGCGAGUGA